AAAUGGAGGCAAACGACCAUUUUAACUUUACUGGCCUUCCCCCUGCACCUGCUGCCUCAGGACUGAAACCCUCUCCCUCCUCAGGGGAGGGCCUCUACACUAACGGGUCUCCCAUGAACUUCCCCCAGCAAGGGAAAAGUUUGAAUGGGGAUGUGAAUGUUAAUGGCUUAUCUACUGUAUCUCACACUACUACUUCAGGGAUUUUGAACUCUGCUCCCCACUCCUCCAGCACCUCGCACCUCCAUCACCCCAGCGUGGCCUACGACUGUCUCUGGAACUACUCACAGUACCCAUCUGCCAAUCCUGGCAGCAACCUCAAGGACCCACCCCUUCUCUCCCAGUUCUCGGGGGGACAAUACCCACUCAACGGCAUCCUUGGGGGCAGCCGGCAGCCUUCAUCCCCAAGUCACAACACUAACCUUCGGGCUGGGAGCCAAGAGUUCUGGGCCAACGGUACCCAGAGUCCCAUGGGGCUUAACUUCGACUCACAGGAACUGUAUGAUUCCUUUCCUGACCAGAAUUUUGAGGUGAUGCCCAAUGGACCCCCUAGUUUUUUCACCUCCCCACAGACUUCUCCUAUGUUGGGAUCCAGCAUCCAGACCUUUGCACCCUCCCAGGAGGUAGGCAGUGGUAUCCAUCCUGAUGAGGCAGCAGAAAAGGAGCUGACUUCAGUUGUGGCAGAGAAUGGCACUGGCUUGGUAGGCAGCCUGGAGCUGGAAGAAGAGCAGCCAGCAGAGCCAAGUGGCUGGUGUUUUUGUGGCAGCAGCACCAGCUCGCGAGUGGGAGUGCAAAUUAUUUCAAGCUCAUGCAGAGCUGCUGGCCUGGAGAGGGCAGAAUUAAAGAUGUGUGGCUACAAUGGCUCUGUCCCUUCUGUGGAAUCAUUACACCAAGAAGUCUCAGUCUUGGUCCCUGACCCCACAGUGAGCUGCUUAGAUGAUCCUUCACAUCUUCCUGAUCAACUGGAAGACACUCCAAUCCUCAGUGAAGUCUCUCUGGAGCCCUUCAACCCUCUGGCACCGGAGCCAGUGAGUGGAGGACUUUAUGGUAUAGAUGACACGGAGCUGAUGGAUACAGAGGACAAGCUGCCUCUUGAGGACAGCCCUGUGAUUUCUGCCCUUGAUUGCCCUUCUCUCAAUAAUGCCACUGCCUUCAGUCUCCUGGCAGAUGAUAGUCAAACUUCAGCCUCUAUCUUUGCCAGCCCCAGCUCUCCACCUGUUCUUGGGGAGUCUGUCCUGCAAGAUAACAGCUUUGACCUGAAUAAUGGUAGUGAUGCAGAACAGGAAGAAAUGGAGACUCAGGCUUCAGACUUCUCACCACCUCUCACCCAGCCAACCUCUGACCAGUCAUCCACUAUUCAGCUCCAUCCAGCAACUUCACCAGCAGUCCCACCAACAGCUUCCCCGGCAAUCUCCCUGGCAGUUUCGCCAGCAGCCUCCCUGGAAAUCUCUCCAGAAGUCUCCCCAGCGGUUUCGCCAGCAGUCUCCCCAGAAAUUUCCCCAGUCAUCUCCCCGGCAGCUUUCCCAACUGUCUCUCCAACUUCAUCAGCAGCCCUCCCACCAGUCUCUUCAGAAGUCUCCUUGACAGCCUCCCCGGUGACCUCCCCAAAAGUAUCCCCUGCAGCUUCCCCGGUAGCUGUCCUCCCAGCAGCCUCCCCAGCAGAUAAGGAUGUCAGCACCUUCCCUGAAACCACCACUGAUCUGGAAGAGAUCACUGGAGAAGGAAUCACUACUUCUGGUAGUGGUGAUGUCCUGAGGAGACGUAUUGCUACCCCAGAAGAAGUUCGUCUUCCCCUCCAACAUGGGUGGCGGAGAGAGGUGCGCAUCAAGAAGGGUAGCCACCGAUGGCAAGGGGAGACAUGGUAUUAUGGUCCCUGUGGGAAGAGGAUGAAACAGUUUCCAGAAGUGAUCAAGUAUCUGAGCCGCAAUGUGGUACACAAUGUCCGCCGUGAGCACUUCAGUUUCAGUCCCCGUAUGCCUGUUGGAGAUUUCUUUGAAGAGAGAGACACACCAGAGGGCUUGCAGUGGGUACAGCUCUCAGCAGAAGAGAUCCCAUCCAGGAUUCAGGCAAUUACUGGGAAACGGGGCCGACCUCGAAACACUGAGAAGGCCAAGACUAAGGAAGUCCCCAAGGUGAAACGGGGACGAGGUCGGCCACCCAAGGUCAAAAUCGCUGAGUUGCUGAAUAAGACAGAUAACCGCCUCCUAAAGAAACUGGAAGCCCAAGAAACACUGAAUGAGGAGGAUAAAGCAAAGAUGAGUAAAAUCAAGAAGAAGAUGAAGCAGAAGGUACAACGAGGAGAGUGUCAGCCUACUAACCAAGGACAGGCCAGAAACAAGCGGAAACAAGAGACCAAGAGCUUAAAGCAGAAGGAAGCUAAGAAGAAAUCCAAGGCUGAGAAGGAGAAGGUAAAGACAAAGCAGGAAAAACUGAAGGAAAAAGUGAAGAGGGAGAAGAAGGAGAAGGUAAAAAUGAAGGAAAAGGAGGAAGUGGCCAAAGGCAAAUCAGCCUGUAAAGCCGAUAAAAUGCUAGCCAUGCAGAGGCGCUUGGAGGAGCGGCAGAGGCAGCAGAUGAUCUUGGAGGAGAUGAAGAAGCCCACAGAGGAUAUGUGUCUGACUGAUCACCAGCCCCUACCUGACUUCUCACGCAUCCCGGGUCUGGUCCUGCCCAGCGGGGCCUUCUCAGACUGCUUGACCAUCGUGGAAUUCCUGCACAGCUUCGGCAAGGUGCUGGGCUUUGACCCUGCCAAAGAUGUACCUAGCCUGGGGGUCCUGCAGGAGGGACUCCUGUGUCAAGGCGACAGCCUGGGUGAGGUGCAAGAUCUGCUGGUGCGGCUCCUGAAGGCUGCGCUCUAUGAUCCUGGCUUGCCCUCCUACUGUCAGUCCUUAAAGAUCUUGGGGGAGAAGGUGUCCGAGAUCCCACUGACAAGAGACAAUGUAUCUGAGAUCCUACGCUGCUUCCUCAUGGCGUAUGGAGUGGAGCCAGCCCUCUGUGAUAGCCUGCGUACCCAGCCUUUUCAGGCUCAGCCACCUCAACAGAAAGCUGCUGUCCUGGCCUUCCUUGUGCAUGAGCUCAAUGGCUCCACCCUCAUCAUCAAUGAGAUCGACAAGACUCUGGAGAGUAUGUCCAGCUACAGAAAAAACAAGUGGAUUGUUGAAGGCCGGCUCCGGAGACUGAAAACUGCUCUGGCCAAGCGAACUGGGCGGCCUGAAGUAGAGUUGCAAGGGCCAGAGGAGAGCCUGGGAAGGAGGCGCAGUUCUCGCAUCAUGGAGGAGACCAGUGGCAUGGAGGAAGAGGAAGAGGAAGAGACUGUAGCGACGGUCCAUGGCCGUAGGGGUCGAAGAGAUGGAGAGGUUGAUGCCACAGCAUCAAGCAUUCCAGAGCUAGAGCGCCAGAUAGAAAAACUGAGCAAGCGUCAGCUCUUCUUUCGAAAAAAGCUGCUUCACUCAUCCCAGAUGCUUCGAGCAGUCUCCUUGGGUCAGGACCGCUACAGACGCCGCUACUGGGUGUUGCCCUACUUGGCUGGUAUCUUUGUGGAAGGAACAGAGGAGAGCUUAGUUCCUGAGGGUAUGAUAAAGCAGGAAACUGACUCCUUAAAAGUGGCAGUUCAUCCAGCGCCCAGCUUGGCCCCCUUCUCUCUGAAGAAGGAGUUAGCUGGCUCCAGCACCUCUGCCAGUACUCCUGCCCGGUCCCGAGGCCGACCUCGGAAAACUAAGCCUGGCUCUCUGCAAUCUAGGCACCUGAAACCCCCUGUCCAGGGUCAGGGUUCAGAACAGCCCGAUGCUCAGCUUCAGGCUGAGAUCCAGCCCCAGCCCCAGCCCCAGCCCCAGCCCCAGCCCCAGCCCCAGCCUCAGCCCCAUCCUCAUCCUCAUCCUCAGCCCCAGCCCCAGCUUCAGCUCCAUCCUCAGUCCCAAAAUGGGUUCCUGGAGCCAGAAGGCUCCCCCUUGUCCUUGGGUCAGAGCCAGCAUGACCUCAGUCAGUCAGCCUUCCUGUCUUGGCUGAGCCAGACUCAGAGCCACGGCUCCCUGUUGAGCAGCUCCGUCCUCACACCUGACAGCAGCCCUGGAAAACUGGACCCGGCCCCAUCACAGCCCUUGGAGGAGCCAGAGCCCAGUGAGGCAGAGUCCGUCCCCGAUUCUCAAGCUCCCUGGUUUAACUUCUCAGCCCAGAUGCCUUGCAAUGCAGCCCCUACACCACCCCCAGCUGUUUCUGAGGACCAGCCUGCUCUCUCCCCUCAGCAAGCUGCCGCCCCUAGGCCAAUCAAUAGACCCUGUUCUCCAGUACAGCUCUCCUCUACCCCCUUGCCUGGGACAGCCCCUAAGAGACGGACAGGAGACCCUGAGGGCACACAGAGUCUCACAGGGCUAGGACAGCCGAAACGGAGAGGGAGACCCCCCAGCAAGUUCUUCAAACAGAUGGAACAGCGUUAUCUGACCCAGCUGACAGCCCAGCCGGUUCCCCCUGAGAUGUGCUCUGGCUGGUGGUGCAUCCAAGAUCCUGAGACACUGGAUGCUAUGCUCAAGGCUCUGCACCCCCGGGGCAUCCGAGAAAAGGCACUUCACAAACACCUCAACAAGCACAGGGACUUCUUACAGGAGGUCUGCCUCCGGCCCUCAACCGACCCCAUCUUUGAGCGCAGUCAGUUACCCGCCUUUCAAGAAGGGAUUAUGAGCUGGUCCCCCAAAGAGAAGACCUAUGAGACAGACCUGGCUGUGCUUCAGUGGGUAGAGGAGCUGGAACAGCGGGUCAUCCUGUCCGAUCUGCAGAUUCGGGGCUGGACAUGUCCCAGCCCAGACUCUACUCGUGAAGACUUGGCCUACUGUGAGCAUCUCCCUGACUCCCAGGAGGACAUCACCUGGAGAGGUCGGGGUAGAGAAGGACUGGCACCCCAGCGUAAAACUACCAACCCGCUGGAUUUGGCUGUGAUGCGACUGGCCGCCCUAGAGCAGAAUGUGGAGCGGCGGUAUCUGCGGGAGCCCCUCUGGCCAGCUCAUGAGGUUGUGCUGGAGAAGGCCUUGCUCAGCACGCCCGGUGGUGCCCCCCAGUGCACCACCACAGAGAUAUCAUAUGAGAUCACCCCUCGCAUUCGGGCCUGGCGCCAGACACUUGAGCGGUGCCGGAGUGCAGCCCAGGUGUGCUUGUGCCUGGGCCAGCUGGAGAGGUCCAUUGCCUGGGAGAAGUCCGUCAACAAAGUGACCUGUCUUGUCUGCCGGAAGGGUGACAACGAUGAGUUUCUUCUGCUUUGUGACGGAUGUGACCGUGGCUGCCACAUUUACUGCCAUCGGCCGAAGAUGGAGGCUGUCCCAGAAGGAGAUUGGUUCUGUGCAGUAUGUUUGGCCCAGCAGGUAGAGGGAGGAUUCGCUCAGAAGCCUGGUUUCCCAAAACGAGGCCAGAAGCGGAAAAGCAGUUAUGAGCUAAACUUCCCGGAGGGCGAUGGCCGCCGCCGCCGGGUACUCUCCAGGGGCCGGGAGAGCCCAGCAGUGCCUCGGUACUCGGAUGAAGGGCUGUCCCCCUCGAAGCGGCGGCGUUUCUCCAUGCGGAACCACCACAGUGAUCUCACGUUUUGCGAGAUUAUCUUGAUGGAGAUGGAGUCUCAUGAUGCAGCUUGGCCUUUUCUGGAGCCUGUGAACCCACGCUUGGUGAGCGGGUACCGGCGCAUCAUCAAAAACCCUAUGGAUUUCUCCACCAUGCGGGAGCGGCUGCUCCGGGGAGGGUACACCAGCUCCGAGGAGUUCGCAGCUGAUGCGCUCCUGGUCUUUGACAACUGCCAGACCUUCAACGAGGACGACUCUGAAGUGGGCAAGGCCGGGCACAUCAUGCGUCGCUUCUUUGAGAGCCGCUGGGAGGAGUUUUAUCAGGGAAAACAGGCCAAUCUGUGAGGCAAGGGAGGUGGGGAGUCACCUCGUGGCAUCUCCCCGCCCUGCAAACAAAAAACCCUGCCAUUCUCACCUGCUGAUGCUGCCCUGGGUCCAGACUCAAGUCAGAGAGCUCAGCCUGAUUUUUGACCUUACCCUCGGCAGCGCCCUACAUCCUCUUCUCCCUACGUCCCUUUUUCCCUUUCCUCCUCUUGCUCCUCAACUAAGAGGGGCAGAGAUGAGGUCCUUCUGGACUGAAAGCCAAAAAAAAAAAAAAGAAAGAAAGAAUUUUUCCUUUCUGUUUUAUUUCCUAAUUUAAAAAGAGGAGGAGGAAAGAAGUCCCUGCUUCCUCCUCCCAGCUUCUCCUUCCCUGUACGUGCCCCAGCAUCCUGGGGCUAUUUAACAAUAGCAAUAGUUCUAGUGAAUGUGUGAAACCGAGAAACACUCUGUACUGUGUGUGGACCCGCAGUGACGGCCAGUAAAGUGGACUUAACUCCCAAGUGUGUCGAGCCGGACACCGGGCCCUGAACAUGCUGCUUCCAUGUUCAGUCCCUUCCCUGCUUCUCACCUUCUCAGUUUUUCCUUUUCCUACUCUUCCUCCUUUAAGAUUUUUCUCUCAUCCAAUAAUGUAAAUCUAUCAUGUACGGGUUCCUCUACCCUUUUUUCUCUCCCCAGAUCUUUUUUCCCCUCAAAGGAAAAAGAAGUUCAGAGGUCCCUGUCUUUCUCUCUGUCCUCAUCUUCCUGCCAAUAGCUGUCCCCUCUGUCAUGUUGGAUACUCCUCACGUGCUGAGUUUCUGGCCUUUUGUGAAACCCGGUAGCUGGGGAGAGGGCAGGGAGGCACCCUGACCCCAGGCCUCCCGGCCUCCUUCCCCGCCUCUUACCCAAACCUCCCUCUUGGGAACUCCUCAGGGACAACUACUGCUGAGUUUGGGCGCACUCCCAAGAUGGAGGCCAGGUAGCAAUCAGCUGGCCUCAGAGGUGUGUGUGUGUGUCUCUGUGUGUGUGUGUGGUGUGGGGGGAGGGGGAGGGCGGGGAUCGCUGUGCUUGUGCCCUGUGCUGUGUGAUGGCAUCCAGGUUGCCCAAGUGUCUGUUUUUAUUCCCACCUUCCCUAGUGUUUCAAACCAUCACAUUUUUGUCCUCGGGAAACCACAGGAGCAGUUUUUCUGGGUACAAGGCUGUGUCUCCUCUCUCCCAGGCAUUUCUGUUCCAGCCUCUUCAAACUGUGCAAUCUUUCAGCAGGAACCCCCUCUCCUGUCGGAGCUUCGAGCCCUAAGCUCGCCCUAAGCUCGUGCGGGGAGAGGGGUAGAACUGGAUCUUUUCCUAAUCCCAUGAGCUUCUGUGGGUUUAGUUGUGCUUUUUCCUCCCUUACCUACUUCAAGCCCGGGACCCCUUCCCCAGCAGCAGCAGCAGCAGCAGCGACCGCAGAGCACAGGAGAGCCGGGAAGGGGGUUCGGGGGUCCACCACUGCCCUACCUGUGACCGCGCCCCUUAAGCCCCAGCACGUGAGAGGAAAGCUGCUAACUCCCGCUCCGGCCCGGCCCGCCCCCUGCUCUCCUGGCGGCAGAGCCCCUCCCACCAGAGAUACGGGUACUUGCACUGGGGAGGGGCUGCUGGCCUCCCAAGCAGAGCGGAGGCGUCGGCGUCGGGGCGGGGGAGGGGCGCCGGCGAGGCGGAGCAUUCCCUGUACUGGCAGCACUGGAUGGCCCUGGGGGCGGGGCGGGAGGCGCUGGGCAGCCCCUCUGAUUCCUUUUGCCCCCCUUCUCCUCCAUGGCCUAUUUCUAAAGUCGCCUUUUCUGUCAGAUAAACCUCAAAACUUUUAAUUUUAUUUGAGAUUUUUUUUUUUUGCUUUUUAAGAGGAUUGAAGAAUAUUUGAAUUGACUUUAUAUUAUGCAUAAAUAUUUAUAUUUUAUCUAAAUAACUGCGCUGUAACAAAGUUUGUGUUAGUCAAACGUUUGGAACUGUUCUAGUUGGGGGCUCUUCUUUUUGCCCCCUGGCAGUUUUCCCCUGGUAUAAAAUGUACUAAUUUUAUUGUUGGAGGCGAGGUGGACGGGGGGAGUGAAGGCUCCGUGUUCCUUGUGUUCCUCUCCUAGCGCCACCUCUUUCCCUAGGGACCAGGCACUCGAGGUGGGGUGGCGUCCCAGCCUCAGUUUGAAGAAGUUGGGGCUGAAAGGGGGGUGGGGGUAGGGCAUGAUCAAAGGGGCCAUUUCUCGUGUUUCUUUCCUCAUCUUCACUGCCCCUUGAGCUAGGUGGAUUUUCUCUUCUUGACAAAUGAGAGUAUUUGGUAGGGAAGGCAGGUUAAAAAAUAAUAAUAAAACCCACCCCUGCCCCUGGUUCCCCCCUCCCCUCUAUCAGUCUGGUAACAGGAAGAAACCACACCAUCAACACCAACAAGUUUCCAUGUUCCUUUUACAACAAAAGGGACUUGACUUUUUAUAUAACCAAAUGUGGUGUUUUAGUGACUUUUUGAUAAUGUACAGUUUUUUGUGAAUUUAAAUUUAUUUCUUUCUAUAUUUUUAGGACCAAUCUCAUUUUUAAUAAGGUUUAAAAAAGAAAAAAAAAAGGUCUAGAGAAAAAAACUCCUGUUUUUGCCAUGUGAUGUUCCACAAGUGCAGCUGUAGAAAAGUGCUUGUCAGUUGAAAUAAAAACCACAUUUGAUAGAGAUUCAAAA